GUUUUAACAGAGCCAUAGUGCUGGCGUGACUGUUAUUCAAGGAGGCAAUUUCUUCCCCCCUCGGAUUUUAGAAAAGUGGUAGAAUCCAGAGGGCGCGAGUUUCCGAAGUGCUCGGUUCCAUCUGCUAAGAAACGGAAAACCAACAGAUGGAGAAGAUGAGUGAUGAGAACACCGAGGAGGUGAAGGUGCUUGAGUCUGAGAUCGAGCGUCUUCAAGCUGAAGUUGAAUCGCUGCAGCACCAACAACAGGAAAUCAAUAAGGACAUAACGUUCCACUACAGCCAACAAACGGAAAAUGCUCUAGUGUUCAUGUGCGGGCAGAGACAAGAAGGAGGGAAGGAGAUGGUGAUGUCCAGACUCAAAGAGGAGCUGGAGGAGCUGGAGGAGGAUGUGAAACUGCAGACAGAAAUUAAUGGCAUCACUUUGAACAGCUGCACCACAAAGACUCUAAAAAACAGUGGCAGAAAGCUGGUUCAGCAGCUCUCUUUGUCGGGUAACUGCUCUGAACUGGUCUUCCAGGUCGAGUUUCAGCUUUCCGAGAUCAAGGACAGUGAGAGACCAAAGAGGACCAUCGGCGAUCUGAAUGUGGUGCUCGAUUCAAGUGACCUGCAAAACUUCAGCAGCUUCUUGUCAAGGGUAGAGGAGAGCAGGGAUCUUCUGCUAUUCUUCAGGACCUUAAGAACUUUUUCAGACAGAUGUGAUGACCGAAGCAGAACUUUCCAACAAUUCCAAGUAAGUGAAAACACACAUGCACCAAAAUGGACGGUCCGGCAAACUCGCCCUCACAAACCUAACAAAUUUAACCACCUGAUCUGUACGUCGUGAGCUAAGAGUAGCUAAUCAGACCCAUACAUAUUGCCAGUAGGCAUCCUCCUCUGCUUUUGAGCAGGCUAAGUAGGCCAUUGUAGUCGGUAAUAAAUACAGAGAGAUCAUGUAGACAUCUAGUGGUAUUGUGAAGAAGUGCACAUAGAUUAUCUAGUUAAAGAGCGGUUUGGUUAAAUGUGAGAGAAAUUUAAUGGAGACAUAUGUCUUAAGGUUAAACUUGGUGAAUGUACAAAGAAUGGCUAUGUGGAUACCUAGGUGAAUCGAUAUAGGUGGAAAAAUGUUCCUGUUGAUGAUUCAUCAUUAUGGGUCAUCCUUUUUAUUCUAUGUGAGUUGUCUUUUUUUCUGUUAUCUGAUUUUCAGAGAAUAUUUUUUAUAAAGUGAAAAUAGUGAAAAUACAACACCUCCAAAAAGUGACACUGCAGAGAUAGACAAUUGAAGAGGAAUGAAAAGCGUAGAAUACCAUGGGUUAAUGCUGUAGGUGUGAAGUGGUGCGAGCAUGAUAAUAUGAGAUAUUAGGGUGGGACUUUGUUGAAGAGGUAGCAAUGAAAUAUCAAAUAGUACAUCAAGCUGCACAAGCAAUGUGGAACCUAUUCUCCUGUUUACUUGGAGAAUGCAAAGUUCUGCCAAGUUGGCUGAGCUGAAGGAGGAUUAACCCACAUUUUCCAUACUGGUCUAUGUGUUCCAAACUCUUAUUUUGCUUUACUUGCAUUUUUUCAGGUCUUGUAUGGAAAAACAAAUUUCCCGCCAUAACUGUUUUGCUGUUAUGUAUUCCAUGCUUUUAUGACACACACAGACAAAACAUGUACUUGGAGGAAUAAACAUAUAAAAAUACAGAAGCAGAGGAGCUGACAUACAUCUCUGCACAAGAAUCCUAAAGUUUUUUCUGGAUAGCAUUAACAAGGCAGUUUCUGUCGUACACAACAACAGGUAUAAUUAGCAACAUACAAUUUCAGUGCUAACUGGGUUUUCGGUAUUGUGGAUAGGUAGUUGGAAAUUUCUCCACACAUGCAUAAACCAAUACCCACAUGCUGAGUUCAGCAAUUUUUGUUUUGCUGUUUGUGUUUAUUGUGCUAGUGGUUUGAAGUAAAAAUCGACUUCUGUCUUUCCAGUACUUUAUUAUGACCAAGAACUUACUAUCAUUAGCUGGAGCAUGCACACUUGUCUAAUGUACAAGCUGUUACUUGCCUCGAACACAACAUUGUUACUUACCCCUGGUGUUUUCUUCAUCCACAGUUCUUUGUAUUUGUAGUCAACUCGCUGUGAACACUGAUUGACGUUGAUGGUUGUGCCAUCAUUGCAGCUGUCACAAAAGGACUAUUAUCAGUAUCUUCUACUAUUCACUUUACUAUUGUAAUAAAUGUGUAAUGACACAUAGUAGCUGUCAGCAGCUUGAAAACACCGUUAGAGUGGGCAAAAUACAUAUUUAACAUGGUUGUGAAUUUUCUAAGUAAAUAUAGAAAUAUAUUCCUUAUGUAUUCUUUUGACAUGAAAUUCUCACCAAAAAAAUGAAACGUGUUUGUCCCUUUUAGCAGUGAUAUCAACAAGUAAAAACUCAAGUUCCAAACCAAAACCACUUUAUAUACGACACCUCUAAAACCCCUUACAUAACAUCAUUCAUGUUGUUGUAAUAUAUAAUUUAUAUAUUGAAAACGAUAUUAUUUUUCAAAAUUAACUGGCAUUUCUACAGUAAAUUUCUAGUAUAACUAACCACCUAAAGUGCUUUUAAGUGAAGCUUACUCUAAUAUUGAUUUCAAACACAUUAUAUUAAAAAAAGUUGAACUUUAUUAGAAUAUCUUCAAACAUAGCCAUGUAACAUAUUCCUGUACACCACUAUCUUAUUCACAUCAGUAAUAAUCUCUAAAUUAAUUUUAAUUAAUGGUAGGGAAGAGUUGGGAACAAACGUAAGACACUAUAGAAGCAAGAGGAGUAACUUUCACAUUACUAUAAUUCAUAGAUACAUUGUUCCCCAGUUCAUUUCUGCUGGAGUCUAUAAAUUAA